GGCCCGAAGAGUCUUGGUCAAGAAAGAGUCAAUAGGGGUCAUUGCAGUCUGCACUCUGCAGGGCAGGGAAGGAAAGCAGGAGACACCGCCGGCUAGCAGCAGCACCGACGCGCACCAUGCCUACCUCCUCCUCCGUCAACCCGGAACUUGGCGUCGUCACCGCAGCCAACCUCCUCCGCGCCCACGCCGCCGUGCCGUCGAGGGACACGGACGCCGCGGCCUUUGUCUCGUCCCUGCGCACCCAGGGCGAGGUCGAGGCGCUCUGCGAUAAGUACGGCGUACCCAAGGAGUUCACCGCGCGCCCCGCGGGCGACCUGCGCGCGAACUCGACGCCGCCGCCGGGGGCCAUCUGCGUGUACGCGCGCUCUCUGGAGGCCGGGAUGCGACUCCCGCUGCAGGGCUUCUUCAGCGACGUCCUCGCCCACUUCGGCAUCGCGCCGGCCCAGCUCACGCCCAACGGGUGGCGCGCCAUGGCGGGCUUCCUGGCGCUCUGCGACUACGCCGGCGUGCCGCCGUCGCUCGCGGUGUUCCGGCGUUUCUUUGUGAUGUGCAGUCUCUCCCAGGAGCACGAGAAAGGCUGGUACUUGUUCCGGCCCAGGCGGGACAGCUCCGGCUUGCGCUUCCGGGGGUUGCUGAAGCCGGAUUCCAAUCCCAUCAUGCGCUGGAAACACGAGUUCUUCUUCCUCUCGUCGCCGGAGCCGUGGCCUUGCGCUGUGGAGUGGCGCGUUCGGUCCAACCGCUCCUCCAACUACCCGGUGCUCACCGUUGAGGAAAGCCAGUCGAUGCUGAAACUGCUAAGUGCUCACGGUGGCGCCGCUGUUGAUCUCAGGAACCUGCUCCCUGCUACUUGCUCAAGGCCGCGCAGCAGCCGUCUCUGCAACAGCAACCUUGCUGCCGCAUCCCCGCUGCCGCCGCCGCCGCCCUCUUCAAUUCGUAUGGAUCUCUCCGUCCAUGACAUGAUGAAGACUGUGAUGGCGGAGAAGGCGGCCGCGCAAGCGUCGGCGUCGCCGAAGAAGAGGACUUGGGAGGAAGCCAACAGCGGGCAGGAGGUUCAGCCAGAGCAUUUCGCCAGCAGGUACGACAGAGAUACCACGAAGGCUGCACGGGAGCUGCUGGAGCUCGCGUCUGCGGCGAACGAGCCUUCGAACGAAGCAGCGACUCGGCAGGCUGCGAACUACGCGCUCGAGCUAGAGCAGAAGCUGGUGGCCAGGGAGGACGAGGCCGCGGCGCUGCGGGAGCAGCUGGAGGAGGCGAAGAACGAGCUCGCCGCGGCGAAGAGAACGGCGGAAGCGGAGCGUGAGAUGGCUAAGUCCGAGGUCGCCGCGGCGAGAACAGAGCUGGAGACGACCAAAGCCGAGCUCGCCGCGGCCAAGCGAACGGCGAAGGCGCAGGUGGCGAAGACGAAGGCCGAGCUCGCCGUAGCAAAGCAAGCGGCAGAGGCCGCGGUGGCGAAGACGAAGGCCGAGCUCGCCGCGGCAAAGCAAGCGACAGAGGCGACAGAGGCCGAGGCGGUGAAGACGAAGGCCGAACUCGCCGCGGCCUUGGCGGAGGCGGUGAAGACGAAGGCCGAACUCGCCGCCGCGAAGCGAGCCACGGAGACAGAGGUGGCGCAGGCGAACGCCGAACACGCCGAGGCGAACCGCACCGUGGAGGAGGAGCUGGUGAAAGCCAAGGCCAAGCUGGCCGCGGCGGAGGCGGAGCUGGUCAGCGCCAAGUCGGCGGCGGCGGUGCAUGAGCUUCUGGCCUCCGAGGAGAACGUGCGGCGGCGCGCGGAGCUCGCGUUGGAGGGGUACGAGCGCUGGCGAGGCAGUCACGCUCCGGCUGGUCGUGCCGCCUGAGUAGCUCGAUGAUCGUCUUUACUCUUUUUUGGAAAUCACAUUGCUUGAUCAACUCUAUGCAGAACGAUUCUAUUGGGAUGUCACCAAAUUUUUUA